AGCCCAUUAAAAGGCGAACGCAGAUUUCCGCACGGUCCGCUUUUAUUGUUGCACACCGACAUCCACAUGACAGCACGCAGCGUGUGUCCUUUUGAGGGUCCGUCAGUGACUUCUGAGUGAACAUACAGAAAUACAGCUGACUUGAAAUGAAACUAUAAAUCCCCCCCGAGGAAUAUUUCCUAGCGAGCCGGUAUCACAGCUGCAGCUGAUGAUGUUCCUGCGCUCGUGUUCACUGGCGCUGAGAUGCAGAAACCCCCGCGUCUCCAUCAGAGCCUUCAGCUCCAGCCGCAGCGCUGGGAAAGAUGCUCUGGAUCUGGACGCCUGGAAGACGGUGAUGAGAUCUCAAGCGCUGCGGGAGCAGAGCGAGAGCGAGAGUCCGAGUCGCUCAGCGCUGGACGAUAACCGUGAGCUGGUGGAGAUGUGGCAUCAGGCGGGGAAGUUCGUUCCCAAGAACAUCACAGACGAGCAGCUGGAGGAACUCGCUCGGCUCGCAACCAGAUCCGCCAAGAAGAAGUACCUCAAGUUCCUGGCCAUUAAAGAGUCUCACAAGAUCUCCAAGAAGGAGAAGCAGGAGAAGAAUAAAUCCGAGAGAGAAGCAGAAACUGUGACUUUUAAAGAGAAUGUGAAGGAAGGAGAGUGUGAGCAAGAGGCACCUAAGAACACCUUCCUCCUGCGGUUCUGGAGUAGCUCGGGGGAUCGUGAACAGAGCUGGAGAGCGGCGCAGGCCAUGCGCUUCGGUCAGCCGCUGGUGUACGAUAUGAGCUACGAGCAUCACAUGAGCCGGCGCGAGAUGGAAAACACCGUCGCGCAGCUGAUGGAGAGCGAGGGCUGGAACCGCCGCGCCGCGGACCCCUUCCACCUGCACUUCUGCGGCCUGCAACCGGACGGAGCGUAUCUGCGCGAGCUGUGCAGACGCUACGGACCGCAGACCUGGGAUCGACUGCUGAUCACGGCCACCGAGCGAACGCACGUGGAGAUGUUUCCUCAGCAGGAUCUGGUGUAUCUGACCGCCGACUCCAAGCAGGUUCUGCAGGCGUUCGAUCACAGUAAGGUGUAUAUCAUCGGUGCAAUGGUGGACCGCUCCAUUCACUCCGGCGUCUCUCUGGCCAACGCUAAACGCCUGCGACUGACCACAGCGCGCCUGCCUCUGGACGAGCAUCUGGACUGGGAGUGUGGAGCCAAGAACCUGACCCUGGACCAGAUGAUGCGCAUCCUGAUCACGCUGAAGCACACGGGCAGCUGGGAGAAAGCGCUGGAGUUCGUGCCCAAGAGGAAACACACCGGCUUCACGGGAGUCACAAAGAGUCGAUUCGUUCCGAACGAUUCAUCGAGGAGUCGAUUCCCCGCCGGAGCUCAGAGCAGAACAGACGGACGCAAAAAACAAGCAGAAAGAGACAAAUGCUGGGAGCAUCGAGAUUAAUACUGUAAUACUGCUUUGCCCUUCUCAUUAAUAAAAAUUAUGAUUUCUGAUGCCUGUUGCAACAAUCUUUUGUUUCAAAUGGUUACAAAAAAAGUGAUAUGGUCAUAUGGACAAAAAUUAAUUAUUGUUGCAAAAUCAAAAAAAAUAUAUUGAAUUUUUUUUUUUAUAUGUAUAUUUAUGUUUAAGGAUCAUUAUGGUUUUUUUGUUUGUUUGUUUUUUUGUCUUUUUUGCAUUUUGAUUUUAUUUUUAAGACAAUUAGUUACAUUUUCACACUAAACUCUCAUUUAAAAUUA